UCUCGCCGGGAUGUUGCGCGCAGUUCGCACAGAUCCGUUGACGGCUGGUGGACCUCGAGUCUGACCUCUCACCCACGGAAGCCAUCUCCAUAGCAACCCCCACCACGGUCCAACCCGCAGCGGAUUGUAAAUUCCUGUAGAACGAGAGAGAAAGAGGUCCCAGCACGACCGAAAGAGUGUCGGGCAGAGGGAGGACGAGCGAGCGGCUGAGGCAAUGCGCGAAUUUUAAACUCCCCUCCUUUCUCCCCCACCUUCAUAGGCGACUGAUGAUGGCAGGACUAGGACAUGAUCAGAAAUCUCCGCGUCAGUAGUGCAACACUCGGCCUAGUCCCUUCGGGCCGGACACUUGAGCUGAAUUAGGACUCGCCCCCCCUCGCGCUGAGCUCGGGAGCACUCAGCCCCCCCGCGUGCGCAGAGACGCCGCUCCGCUCCGGGAGGAAGCUGUCUUCGCUCGUUCACUCACACCAGAGAGCUGUUUCCACCGCGCGAGUCCCAGCGGCACCAUCGAGGAGUUUUUAACGCGGCAGCAGUUUUACGAAGAUGAUCGUCCAGGCCGUAAUGCGCGCGGGCGCAGGGUUGGUGGGGGUAUGUCUGGUGCUCUUUGUCCAGCUGCCUGCUCGCGCUUCAGCCAGCCGAACCCCCCCGCAAGAUGUGGACGAGUGUGCCAAGUCGCUGGAUAACUGCAGCAUUGAUGCCAUCUGCCAGAACACUCCCAGGUCUUACAAAUGCAUCUGCAAGUCAGGCUACAAGGGCGACGGCAAACACUGUGAAGACAUAGACGAGUGUGUGGGAGAGUACACGGGUGGCUGUGUGCACGACUGCAUCAACAUCCCCGGCAACUACAGAUGCACCUGCUACGACGGCUUCCGCCUGGCCCACGAUGGACACAACUGCUUAGAUGUUGAUGAGUGUUUAGAGGACAACGGUGGCUGCCAGCAGAUCUGUGUGAACAUGAUGGGGAGCUAUGAGUGCCGCUGCAGAGAGGGAUACUUCCUCCACACAACACACUCACACACACACACACACACAUGCAUCCAGCGGCCGAAAGAGGGGGCCACCUGUAUGGAUAAGCACCAUGGCUGUGCACACAUCUGCCGUGAGACGCCAAAGGGUGGCAUCGCCUGUGAGUGUCGCCCUGGAUUCCACCUCACCAAGAACCAGCGGGACUGCAAGUUGACGUGUAAGUACGGGAACGGUGGCUGCCAGCACAUCUGUGAGGAGGCGGAUCAAGGACCCCGGUGUGCCUGUCACCUCAAGUUCGCUCUGCACAACGACGGCAAGACCUGUGUCGAGACGUGUGCGGUGAAUAACGGAGGUUGUGACAGCACGUGUCACGAUGCCAUGGCUGGGGUCCGCUGCAGCUGUCCUGUUGGUUUCACCCUGCAGCCUGACCGCAAGACCUGCAAAGGUGUGUGUGUGUGUGUGUGUUCUAACGGGGGCUGUGACCACGAGUGCAGGAACACAGUUGGCAGCUUUGAGUGCAGCUGCAAGAAGGGCUAUGUUGUUAUUAAUGAGAGGACUUGUUGAGUAGAUAUUGAUGAGUGUUCAUAUGACCGUGCGUGCGAACACUCCUGUGUCAACUCUCCUGGCAGCUUCCAGUGUCUCUGUAACAAAGGCUACGUUCUGUACGGAGGGGCCCAUUGUGGAGAUAUCGAUGAAUGCAGCAUUAAUCGUGGAGGCUGCAAGGUCGGCUGUGUGAACACCUUGGGCAGCUAUGAGUGUACCUGUAACCCCGGCUCUAAGCUGCACUGGAACAAGAAAGACUGCAUCGAAGUGGUGAAAUGUGUCUCUGGUGCAGUGCAGCCCAAAGCAACCCUCAUCUGCAGCAAGUCUGGAAACAAGGAGAGCUGUGCACUCACCUGUGCAUCAAAGGCACAUUAUCUGGCAGAGUCGGAGAACAGCUACAGCCUGAGCUGUGGGGUACCUGUACUGAGAGGGAAGAGCCAGUCACGUCUCAACACAAGCACACAAGGCUGCAUAGAGACUCUGGCCCCUCCGGUGAAGCAGACGGCCUCUUUCAAGAUCAAAGACGCCAAGUGCCACCUGCACCCCAAACUCCGAGGGAGGGCUACAGACGAUGGGGGCCGCAUGCCAGGGCCAGGUGAUCAGCCAUGCAAAAACUGCCAGGUGACCUUUGUGAACCUGAAGUGUGACUCCUCCAAAAAGGCCAGAGGUCGAAGGGCACGCAACUCUAGCAGAGAAGUCACACGCAUCACACUGGAGUUGGAGGCAGAGGUCAAACCUGGAGACAUUACAGGUCAGUGUGUCUCUUUGUGUGUGUCCGCCAGCUUGCAGAAGCGGUGAACAUGAAAAGCCUAUUCAAAGUCCCUGCGUAAGUCCAUCAACCAGGAGCGCUUCCUGCUGCGCGUGGCCGACCUGGACUACCAGCUGGCCCAGAAGCUCCCGCAGCCCAGCAAGCAUGACCACUGCGGCCCAGGACGGGAGAAGGACAAAGGCAGCUGUGUCAGAUGUCCGUCGGGCUCCUACUACCAUGGGGGGCAGGAGCGCUGUGUCCAGUGUUCUCCCGGAACGUUCCAGGAGCGAGAGGGCCAGCUGGCCUGUGACCCUUGCCCCGGAAGUGAACGACACGGUCCCGCUGGGCUUCAUACUUAUCACCUCCUAUUACAAGUAUGUAGCUCAAAAGUGUGUGUGUGUGUGUGUCAGUGCGCGGCGGGCUCGGUCUCGAGCGACGGCUUUAAGCCGUGCCACCUGUGCCCGCUGGGCUCCUACCAGCCCGAGGCUGGACGCACAUUCUGCCACCCCUGCGGGGGAGGACUGGGCACCAGGAGGGAGGGGGCCACCUCCUUUAUCGACUGUGAGGUCAAAGUGACAUGUUCCCCUGGUCAUUUCUACAACACUGGGUCCCAUCGUUGCAUGCGCUGCCCCAUCGGAACCUACCAGACGGAGUUCCGCCAGAACCACUGCAUCAACUGCCCCGGAAACACCACCACCGACUUUGAUGGGGCCACCAGCGUCUCGCAGUGCAAGAAUAGGGAGUGUGGUGGGGAGAUCAGGGGCAAUAUUGGCUACAUUGAGUCGCCCAACUACCCUGGGAACUACCCCGCCAACAUCGAGUGCACGUGGAACAUCAACCCCCCUCACCGACGCAAGAUCCUGGUGGUGGUGCCCGAGAUCUUCCUGCCCUCCGAGGACGAGUGUGGAGAUGUGCUCGUCAUGCGCAAGAACGCAUCGGCCAACUCCAUCACCACCUAUGAGACGUGCCAGACAUACGAGCGGCCCAUCGCCUUCACCGCGCGCUCACGCCGUCUUUGGAUCAACUUCAAAUCCAACGAGGUCAACAGCGCCCGCGGAUUCCACAUCCCCUACGUCGCCUAUGACGAGGAUUAUGAGAAGCUGGUGGAGGACAUUGUUCGAGACGGGAGGCUCUACGCCUCCGAGAACCACCAAGAGAUCCUCAAGGAUAAGAAGCUGAUAAACAUGCUGUUUGAGGUGCUGGCCAACCCCAAUAACUACUACAACUACUCGCGGAGUAACUCCAAAGAGAUGCUGCCGCGCUCCUUCAUCCGCCUCAUCAGCAGUAAAGUCUACGACAUCCUGCGGCCCUACAAGUAGUCCCCGCCUCUCCGCCAGCAGCAGCCAAUCACCUGUCCUGCUCCUCCUGUUGCCAGGCAACACCCUCCAGUCCCCCAACGCAAUGUCUUCUUUUUUGUUGCUUUCCCUCUGAAUUCUUUUGACGUUUCUUCAAGUA